AUGCGAUCCGUCGUCUGUGUAAUUCUAUUCCUAUGCUUAUUUGUUCAAACUUCUUCGGCUACGUAUCUUCUCUGUACAUCAAAAUGUAAUCAAAUCACCGUUCCAUUUCUUGAACCAUUGAAUAUACCUCAAGAAUGUCAAGAUAAUAAUACUUUUAAUGAUAUUUAUGAUUACGCUGCAAUUUGUAUAAUCGAAUAUCGUAUCGAUUACGACGCUAAGAAUAUUUACAUUACUUUUAAAGCUAGUAAUGAUACCCAUAUUUUUGAAGAAUAUAAUCGAUCUGAAUUUCUUAUUCAAACAAUGUGGUUGGGUUUUAGUCAAACUUCAGGUCAAACAAAUAUAACUCAUCGUAAAUAUGGAUGUAGGACACAAUAUGAUUGUGCACGUCAAUUUUAUUUCAAUACUAUUGAACAUUUAAUUACCAAGGGUCAAUUACAAAUAGAUAAAAUUAAGUCAACAUUAUAUAGACAAUCUUCAUCGGAAAAGCAAAUUGCAUUGCGUCGUUGCAAAAAUAGUAAUACAACCGGUAAUACAUCAUUAGUACGAUGUCGAGAUGGCUUAUGUUUUGUAAAUAAUAUUAAUGGAAAAAAAUAUUGUACUUCUGAUAAUACUCCAACAUUUUUUAGUGAAUUUGAAUCUUAUGUACCAAAAUCAAUAACAAAUGAAGUUGAAUUAAUUGAAUACAAAUGUAAUAGACAUUUAUGUAAUAGCAAUGAGAUGAUUGAAAAAAUAAAAAAUAUUCUUCGUAUUUAUACAAAUUGGAAUAAUAUUAAUAAUGAAGAAAAUCAAAUAGAACAAAAAUCAUCUAUAACCUGUAAAACCGUAUCUAAUAUUUUAAUUAUUGUAUCUUUAAUUAAUCUUCCCUUUUUAUUGUAA